CAAAUUCUCAUACAGAGUCAAUCAAAACAACACACACAAAGAGGAAGAAUUUCUUUGAAAAUAGAAAAAAAAAAUUCGUGAUAAAAAUAAUCAAAAUAAGGUCGCUUAAAAUGACGACAAGAAACAUUUAAUAGAGUCAGGGCAUUCCAAAGCGUGAGAAUGAUUAGAAAUAGUACGCAACGGAGUAAAUAUUCGCCGUUAAAAGAGAAUUAUGUGGAGCCAACUAAUAGCAAUGUCCGGCAAAUUAUCAACAUCUGCCUGCUGUUUGUCUUUUCCGGACUUUGUGUCGCUAUCAUUUUCAUAACUUGGACGUUCAAUGAAAAUGUACAGGCGCCACCCCACAAGCUAACGAACAUUCCCUCGUUCAUCGUUAAUCGCAGCAGUAUCUUAUCGCAAUAUCUAGCAACAUUGGACAAUAAUUUCAGCAUUCCAACGAGCCAUCAUCUCUUUAACGGGACAUCGAAUUCCAAUUCGGCGGAAGAUGGGGGCAGCGUCAUCGAAAUCAAGCAAUUGAGUGACAGCGAAACGCUUCGUCCGAGCAAAUUUGGGAACUUUAUAUCGUCCAAGGUGCGAAAAGACGAUGGUUCGAACGGAUUUCGCCUCGUUUGUUACUAUGCCGUGCCCGAUGAAGUCGAUAGCAUGUCGCUCAAGGUCACGGAUAUCGAGGCGGAGCUUUGUACGCAUCUCAAUAUCGGUGUCAUUGAUGUGCAACAAAACGCGCUCGUGCUCACCGACAAGGUCCGACAAACGUUACGCGAUGUCAAGGCACUCAAAGUGAAAAAUAAAGACCUCAAAGUGCUACUUUGGGUCGGCGCUGCCUAUACGGGACACUUUUCCGAGAUGGUUCACAACCAUGCGAACCGAAAAAUGUUCAUCCGAUCGCUGAAAGCGACACUGGAGGAAUUUCGCAUUGACGGCAUCGACUUGGAUUGGGAGUUUCCGAAUGGCAUGACGAACGAAAGGAUCCAUUUUGCCCAGUUGCUGCACGAAAUACGUCGCGAAUACCAAAGAGAACAUCGCACAUAUUUGUUAUCGCUUGCAGUUGCGGCCCCAUCUGUCCUUGUGGACAUGACGUACGAUGUGCGCGAAAUCAAUAAUUAUGUCGAUUUUGUAAACAUCAUGACGUACGAUUUUAAUUUCUAUUCGAAACAAACACCGUGGACGGGACUCAACUCGCCGUUGUACAAGAGACACAGUGAAGGGAGUGUUCUUGCCAUGCUGAAUAUCAAUUAUUCCGUGAAUUAUUGGGAGCAACGGGGGCUGGAACGAAGCAAAAUUGUCAUCGGACUGCCCACGUAUGCUCACACCUAUAAGCUAGUCAAUCCGUUUAACACGAAAAUUGGGUCACCUGCCGAAGGGAAUGGAUUUGUCGGUCAAAGUGGUUUCGCAUCUUACUCAGAAGUUUGCUGGUUCCAACAAAGCAACUUGUUCGUCACCGUGGUCUAUGACGUGGAGACAUGCUCCCCUUACAUGUACGCUGGCACGGAAUGGAUUUCCUUCGAGAACGAACGCAGUCUGGAAUGCAAAGUAAAGUUCAUCCGGAGCAAUAAUUACGGCGGAGCCAUGGUUUUCAGCUUGAACACGGACGAUACCACUUCAACGUGUCUACAACAUUCGCACGACAAGCAGAAAAAAGGGAAUCUCACGCGUUUUCCACUGGUGCAAAAAGUCAAAUCGAUACUCUUUAACUAAAAAAUAAAUUGAAAAAUUGGUAGUAAGAAAGCAAUGACGAAGAAAAAAAGACAAAGAAAGUAAUCUCUUAUGACAAAUAAGCCUCUAAACUAAAAAAUAAAAAUAAAACGUGACUACUCGCAAGAAAAUUGAACAAUAAUUAAUCUGUAAAACUUGAUAUUAUCUUAUACUGAAUAUUUAACGAGGAUGCUUUUUUAAAUGAAACGCCAGUCAACUCCAAAAAAGACAAAGAAUAUUUACUCUCCCAACCUAUAUGUCGUUCUUUGCUUGUUCCAUGUUCAAAGUUCAACUUUUAAUUUUAACUUUCCAUAAAAAAAACAACAAUAAUCAGUAUUCUUCUUCUUCCCCGACAACAUUUAGUUCAAUUUUUUUCUAAAAAUAUAAGUUUUUAAAUUGAAUUGCUAAUGUUAAAAAAAAUUGUAUGUAAAAAAAAUUGUUUGUAAAUAUUGGUUAAUUAUAAAAUUAAUUUUAAAAAUUUUUUAUGUGGAUCGAAAUGAUUUUAUUGGCACGUUUUUUGUGUUUAUUUACGAAAAAUUAAGUAAAAAAGUGAUCAAAAUGAUAAUCAAAUUGAUUUAUUAUUUUCAAACUAAUGUUAAUCGAUGUUAUAAUGCUUGAUUCCUGUUAUUAUAUUAUUAUUAUUAUAUAUGAUAAUAAUUAUUCGAAAAACUAUCUAUGAUUAGUGAAAAAGCUGAAAAAAACUAAACUAUAAAAAAUACAAAUAAAA